AACUUAUUAUUAAUGAACUUCUUUUUUUUUUUUUUGUGAUAAGUAAUGAACUUCUUUCUUCUCUUCAUCUAAAACAGUUUAGUGUCAGAUAAAGAAAAGAAAGAUGAACGUCGGAGGAAAGGUGGUCUGCGUCACCGGAGCUUCUGGUUACAUAGCUUCCUGGAUUGUGAAGCUUUUGCUCCUUCGUGGCUACACCGUCAGGGCUACCGUUCGAAACCCAACGGACGCAGCGAAAACAGAACAUCUUCUUGCACUUGAGGGUGCAAAAGAAAGACUAAAACUGUUCAAAGCAGAUCUUUUGGAAGAAUGUUCCUUCGAGCAAGCAAUCGAAUGUUGUGACGCUGUCUUCCAUACGGCUUCUCCGGUUAAGUUCAUCGUCACGAAUCCUCAGACGGAGCUAAUAGAUCCAGCAUUAAAGGGUACUAUGAACGUCCUCAAUACAUGCAAGAAAACUUCCUCUGUCAAAAGAGUCAUUGUAACAUCCUCCAUGGCUGCGGUUAUUGUUCGUCAACCCCCUUUGGAACCAAACGACGUGGUGGACGAGUCUUUCUUCUCUGAUCCAAGUGUUUGCAUGGAAACAGAGUACUGGUAUCCACUCUCCAAGACGUUGGCAGAGAAUGUAGCGUGGCAAUUUUCCAAAGAAAACGGAAUGGACAUGGUCUUCAUUAAUCCAGGAUUUAUAAUCGGCCCACUUUUGCAACCAACCCUUAAUUUUUCGGUAGAGAUGAUUGUGGAUAUGAUAAACGGUAAGAACCCUUUCAACUCAAUAUACUACAGGUUCGUGGACGUGAGAGAUGUUGCCUUGGCUCAUGUCAAAGCAUUGGAGACUCCUUCGGCCAAUGGCAGAUACAUAAUGGAUGGCGCAAGUAUGACCAUAUACGAGAUUAAAGAGAUAAUGCGUGAAUUAUUUCCAGAUAUGUGUGUUGCUGAUACGAAAGAAGAAGGUGAGAUCAAAGAAAUCAUUUACAAAGUGUGUGUGGAGAAAGUGAAGAAUUUGGGAGUUGAGUUCACUCCUCUCAAAUCAAGCCUUAGAGAUACUAUCAUUAGCCUCAAAGAAAAAUGUCUCGUAUGAGAAUAUGAUGACGUUCAUAUAUGUAUCAAAACUUCUAUGUUAGUAUUAUUGGAUGUAUUUAAGUUGUGGAAACUUGGGGUGGAACCGCUCUUGCAACCAACUCUUAUAAACAGAUAUUUCGCAUC